GUGAAUGUCCGCUGCAAUCAAAGGUCUAAGAUAUGCUACAUCACAAUUGGAUAUUUAGCGACUAUCAACAACCCCUCGAGAAGUCUGGCUCAACGGCCAAAUGCUACUGAGCUAUGAAACAUUGCGGAAUGGUAUGGAGUCCAACAGCCCAGCAGUCCGGACUCAGACGGUCAUUGGCGAGAUCCUCGGCCGUCGAGGACAAAGGGCGAUAACGCUAUCGUCACUUCAUCUCCUCACCAGCUGCACUGAGACACACCAGAAGCUGUACGAAAGGUCGUAGAGGGCCUGUUAUAUGUUUUUUCGGUCAUUAUCACUCUAUGCCGUGGUUAGUUGCAAGCAAUGCUAUGCAUCUCUAGCGGUAGUGUUUCUCAAGAAGCAUCGUGGUGAUAUAGUUAUAACGCUUCCCUCGUUCACCUUAAUCCCUCAAAAUCAAAUCUCCUGACUCACUUCUUGCGGGAUUUUCUGUCCUUAUAUUGGACGUUUUAAAAGCAAAAACAUGUCUGUGCUCGUCCAUGACAUCGAAAUCACUCCACCAGGUCAAUGGCGCCUCACUAACCUUUCCCCGUGGGGAGAGCUAUUUCUCACCGACGAUGUGCUUCGAGGUCCAGGAUGGAUCAAAUAUCCCAGCGAUAAUUGGAUCCCGCCGAGAAAAUGACGCCUGGGGAGAUCUGAAGUUUGGUUCCACUAUCCAGAGAGAUACUCCAAGCUUCAUCUCCACGAUCGAUGGGAAGCUUGAGGGUAUAAAUAUUGCGAGCAUGUCUCCCCUCGAGAAGGAGAACAAGGGAGGAAAUCAUCAUCGCAACAGGACAAACAGUGCAUUCAGCCCAUUCAGCCCAUACCUGAUCGCUCUCACUCUCACCGCCAGCGUUAGCGCCAAGGUGACUGGUGGAAAUUGGGAAAACUUCCCCAAGUACCCAAAUGACCCCAUGAUCACAGAGGGGCCACUUCGUGAAUGUAAAGGCCCAUACGCUCCCCUGAGCGGCAUGUGUGGCAGCGGCCCUGACCCGAGGGAGGCCUUCGCUGCCAUAUAUCCCUUUUCGGCCGUGGAUCUGGAUAUUAUCAAGGGAGAUGGAAAGAUUAGGGGGCACGCGGGAUGAUGGGGAAUACAAGCUGGGCUUUCGAUCCCUGCCAGAAGUUAUUAUGUCUGCUAUGCCCGUCAGGAAUGGAGGGGUGAUUUCUCUUCUCAGUCUCUUGAUUUUCGUCUGUAUGUUACGGAGUACUCCGUAGAUAGUUACCAGAACAAAGAGUCUUCCCAGCCAACCUUUUGACCGAUCCAAAAAA